GCGGGCGUCAGCUGACUGUUCUGCUGCCACCGCCGCUGCUGCUGCUGCCGCCGAGACCUGGCUGGGCCGCUGUCGCUGUCGCCGCCGCCGCCGCCGCCGCUACCAUGGCUCAAUACAAGGGCGCCGCGAGCGAGGCCGGCCGCGCCAUGCACCUGAUGAAGAAGCGGGAGAAGCAGCGCGAGCAGAUGGAGCAGAUGAAGCAGCGCAUCGCGGAGGAGAACAUCAUGAAAUCCAACAUUGACAAGAAGUUCUCUGCGCACUACGACGCGGUGGAGGCAGAGCUCAAGUCCAGCACCGUGGGUCUUGUGACCCUGAAUGACAUGAAGGCCAAGCAGGAGGCUCUGGUGAAGGAGCGGGAGAAGCAGCUGGCCAAGAAGGAGCAGUCCAAGGAGCUGCAGAUGAAGCUGGAGAAGCUUCGAGAGAAGGAGCGUAAGAAGGAAGCCAAGCGGAAGAUCUCCAGCCUGUCCUUCACCCUGGAGGAGGAAGAAGAGGGAGGCGAGGAGGAAGAGGAGGCAGCUAUGUAUGAGGAGGAGAUGGAAAGGGAAGAGAUCACCACGAAGAAGAGAAAACUGGGGAAGAACCCAGACGUGGACACAAGCUUCUUGCCUGAUCGAGACCGUGAGGAGGAGGAGAAUCGGCUUCGGGAAGAGCUGCGGCAGGAGUGGGAAGCCAAGCAGGAGAAGAUCAAGAGCGAGGAGAUCGAGAUCACCUUCAGCUACUGGGAUGGCUCUGGGCACCGGCGGACAGUCAAGAUGAGAAAGGGCAACACCAUGCAGCAGUUCCUGCAGAAGGCACUCGAGAUUCUUCGGAAAGACUUCAGUGAGCUCAGGUCUGCAGGGGUGGAGCAGCUCAUGUACAUCAAGGAGGACUUGAUCAUCCCGCACCAUCACAGCUUCUACGACUUUAUCGUCACCAAGGCACGGGGGAAGAGUGGGCCGCUCUUCAACUUUGAUGUUCAUGACGAUGUGCGGUUGCUCAGUGACGCCACUGUGGAGAAGGAUGAGUCACAUGCAGGCAAGGUGGUGCUGAGGAGCUGGUAUGAGAAGAACAAGCACAUCUUCCCUGCCAGCCGCUGGGAACCCUACGACCCUGAAAAGAAGUGGGACAAGUACACGAUCCGCUGAGCAUCUGGGAGGCUGCGCAGCCUUGGCUCCUCAGCUCCCUCAGCGUGCCCCGUGGUGUCCCCGGGACUCCAGGCACCUGCUCCCCUGCGACCAUGCCAGGCACGCUGGGAAGGAGGAUGGCAGCUGCUCGUGUCCUGCCCCCGGCACGUCAGUGACUGCUUUAUUCUUUUCCAAUAAAGAAGUGCACAUGUGAGAGCUGGAGCGCCUGCAGUGUGAGAAA